AUGCGAAGGGGCAUGGCCCAAGGUGUGGCGGCGGCGGCGCUGGCGGCGGCAGCGUUUGUCGUCAUGGUCACAGUGACAAUGAUGAGCGGAGGAAGAAGUUCGGAGCUGAUCGUGUACCAAGACAAGUACCAGGAUGUGAAGGCUGGGGGCGACUGGCUGAGCUGCCUGCGAUGCCGUCAUGCUGAGCAUGCCUGCCAUCCUUCGAUCCAGGAGCAGAAGGGAACGGGAGGAAACGGCCAGCCAAACGCCUGUCCUCCGCAUACUGGGAUGACCCUGGUGUGGGUGAAGCGCAACGGAAAGCUGCAGCAGAAGUGGGUGGACAAGUCUAUCCUCAAGUGCGCUCAUGAGAGAGCCAUGCCACCCCAUGAGGAGGCCGAGAAUGCUGAGGCAUCCGAAAAUCAGGAGGGGGCUGAAGGAGAGGGAGAAGGGGAGGAGCAAGUCUUUUGUGUCAGGCCGGCACCGGGAGAGCGGUCGAAAUGGCCAGCAGAUCAAGACUGCAUGUCAAUGAAGGACUGGAUGGCUUCCCAAGGGUUGUAUGGGAGCGAAGCCAGCGAGGAGAGCGAGGAGGGUGGUAGCGAAGAGGGCGGGGAGAGCGGGGGGGAGGAGGCUGCGGAGCCUCAAGAACCCGCCCAGGAUGAGAGUGCUAAGACACCUUUUCAAAGUUGGUACGACGGCAAGCUCCAGGGUAUCUAUGAUCAAUAUUACGGAGCUUCGGAGGGCGGAGGCGAGGGAGAGGGGGGAGAAGAACAGUCCAGCGAGGAAGAGCCAGAGUCGGACGAGCAUGAUGCAUGUGAAGACGUCAGAAGGGAGGCGCUGCAGAUGGCAAAGCCGCCGUCCUUUGAAGAAUGUUAUGGACCAGCACAACUGCUCUGCCAGAUGUCUUGCUUCUCAGAAUGCCUCCGCGGCCAGCACCCAGUCAAUCUCAAGGCAAGACAGCAGAUGCUGUUCUUGGACAACUCCCUCCCCAUCGAUUCGAUGGAUCCAACAGGAUACGAUGAGGGUUUCGACCCUCCCCUGGUGGUUCCUGGGGGCAACCGUGAUAUGUUUGGAAUCAACAAUCAGCAAUAG